AUGAGAGUCAUUAUUCAAAGAGUAAAGGGUGUAGUGUUAAGUGUGAAUAAAGAACAAGCCAAAGGAAGCGAAAAGGAAUUAGAAGUUUUUAGUAAAAUAAAACAAGGGUUAAUUUGUUUUAUUGGAAUUCAUAAAAAUGAUACAUGGAAUGAUGCAUUAUAUAUAAUUAGAAAAUGUUUAGGAUUACGAUUAUGGUCAAAUGAUAAUAAAACAUGGGAUAAAAGUGUAAAAGAUAUGGAUUAUGAAUUAAUGCUUGUUUCACAAUUUACUCUUUUUGCUAAUACAAAAAAGGGUAAUAAACCAGACUUUCAUUUGGCUAAAGAACCAAAUGAUGCUUUAAUUAUGUUUAAUAAAAUUGUCAAUGAAUUUAUAAAAGAAUAUAAAAAAGAUAAAAUUCAAACAGGAAAAUUUGGAUGUUACAUGAAUAUUGAAACAAUUAAUGAUGGCCCUGUUUCAAUUAUUGUUGAUAGCCAUGAUGUUAAUUUGGAUCGUAACUAG